AUGAUUUUCCGACUCUUCUCCCUCUUUCUCAUGGCCACCGUGGCCCUGGCCGUCGUAUUCCCGGGCGGCAAAAAGCCAUGUACAAAGCCAUUGCCUCAAAGUAAAUGGAGUCAGGCAAUCCAGAAAAGCAUGAAAGAAUACCCGAAGGGCAACAAUCCCAAGAUCAACUUCAAGCCACCCGUUUGGCAAGCAGACACGCUUAAGAGCAUCACUUUCUACGCGACAGGAGGGUGUCACGGCGCCGGUGCCGACGCCACGACAUACGUGCCUCGAAAAGACUUCAACGGAGACGGCUCCAAGCAGUGCUCCGGCUCCAAGGGUCACGAUAAGGGCGGCCUGGAUGACCUGGAGGACAAUGGCGCCAGCUUCAUACUCGAUGGCAAUAUUGCCUCAAAUUGCCAACUUCACUUCUUUGGUGGCCUCGGCUGCGACGACAAGGACUGGCUGGGCUUCAUGUCGGCGGCGGACCAGAAGAGCGGGUGCUCCACGGCUACCAACUCUCAAGGGAAGCUGAUCCCGGCCAUGCGCUCUUUUAACUACGUGUGCGACAACACGAGUAAAGACGACUUGAGCUAA